UGUUUGGGCUCUGCAGGGCUGCAUGACCCUGCCCUGUGCUGCAAGCAGACAAGUGAAGCCCGAAGGAACAGUCCAGCUGCAUUUCCCUGAGGCUGCCCCACAACACAGGGCAAGAAGGAGCUCCUGGAAUCAGAGGCUUGCCCUGGAGUUCAGUUCUUGGACUCAGAAGGAGACACAGGAGGGCAAACAAUGGUUUUCCAAGAAAACUCCCCUGUGGACCCUUUACAGACUAUCCUCACCUGUCCCCAGAGCCUUCUGAGAAGGAAAUGGCCACCUGCCAGCUCCUCAAAUCCUGACCCACUUUUCCUGAGAACUCAGCAAGGGAGAGUUUCACAGACAAGAGGAAAUCCCUAAACAACAUGCAGCCCAGAGAGUGGAAAGUUUUUUCUUGGGGGAGGUUGGGUUUGUUGUGAUUUCCACCCCCCCCCAACUUCCCAAUGAAUGCAUCUGGCAGCUCUCUGUCCCUGCCAGUGCAGGAUCCUGGAGGAAACCAGAGCUGGGAGGGCUCUUCCUGGCUGGGACAGGCUUCCCAGGAGGGUGAGGGAUUUACACUGGCCACCUCUCGCCGUUGUCCCCGGCGGUGUGGCACUGAGGGCCAUGUGCAGUGGCAAGCUGCAGACGGCUUUGCUGGUGGCCGGCUACUUUGUGUACCUGCUGGUGGGUGCUGCCGUGUUCCAGGCCCUGGAGAGGACUGCAGAGAAGCAGGAGAAAAUGGCAGCUGCCCAGAUGAAGGAGGCUUUUCUGCAGAAUUUCACACAGCUCACGGUGGCAGAGAUGGAGCAGUUCAUGAAGAACCUGAUUGAAGCCAUUCAAAAUGGAGUAUACCCUGUUGGAAAUGAGUCACAGUUUGAAGAGAGCAACUGGGAUUUCAGCAAUUCCUUCUUCUUUGCAGGCACAGUUGUCUCCACAAUAGGCUAUGGCACAUUACAUCCUAAAACUGUUGGGGGACAGAUCUUCUGUGUGUUUUUUGCUCUUUUUGGAAUCCCUCUGAACAUUGUUUUUCUGCACCGUGUCGGUAAGAUGCUCUCACUGCUCUGUAAAAAGCUGGGGAAAUUCCUGUACGAGAAAGGAAUGAGAAAGAAGAAGAUCAAAUUUCUGACCCUUUUGUUCUUCCUGGCCACGGGGAUCCUGGUUUUCCUGUGCUUGCCUUCAGUCUUCUUCCAGAUAACAGAGGGCUGGUCCUACAGUGAAGGGAUUUACUUUGCAUUUAUCACCCUCAGCACCAUUGGCUUUGGAGAUUAUGUAGUAGGCAAACAGUCUGACAGGAAAUACUUUUCCUACUAUCGAGUGCUUGUGGCCAUUUGGAUUAUUUUUGGCCUUGCCUGGAUUGCUCUGCUGUUUAAUUUAUUGACAACAGUAUUAGAAGAUACUGAAAAAAUAAUUGUCAAGGAUCUCCAGCAAAUUGGAAAGCCUUCAAGUUGGUGAUGGGAUGAAGAAUGAAUGCAGCAGAGCUCGCUACAAUCCCAGAAGUGCAUGGACAACUCCUGGAGAACAUGGCCCAACAACAAUUCCUGCAAAGUGCUUAAAGGCUGAGUGUAAUGACAGCAGUGGUAGCACAAUUUUGGGAUGCCAAAUAGGCAAAAAUUGCCAGGGGGAAACAAAAAAGAUGAAUUUCUAGCAGUGAUUGUAAAAGUCUGUUCCUUGCUUGCAUCAGCUCUCUGAGCAAAAGCCUGAACACAAGCUGCCCACACUUUUCACUCAAACAUGGGUCAUUUUUAGGGCUGGGGUUGGUUUGGUUUCCCAGUCAUCAUCUCAUGGGUCUCUGUAGGGGCUUAGCCUGCCUUGGCAGACCAACCAGUGAAGGUGGAAUGGGUUGUCAAGGGAGAAGCACAAUUUUUGGUACAUGAAAUUUGCAUAUGUGGCAUUUGUAGUAGUGAGCAGUACCCAGCCAUACUGGAGUGGGAAGGGCUUUGGUGUGGCAGCCAGGGUGCCCUCCAGCCACUCUUCUGGGAAGUUAAAACAUGACAGGAAAUUUCCAUGUAGACUCCUGCUUUGGCACAUGGUUUUCUCAGUGAAUAUGGUUCAAGGACAAAACUGGGGAAUGGCAAACUCAUACUAAAACCCAUAAAGCCCACACUUACUUCACACAUGCUAAAAAGUGGAGCAGUGAGUUACAGAAAUGAGAAAUGUUGUCACUCCCCCACCAAGGCCAUCUGUCAUACGUGGUGACAGCAGGGUGAGGGGAGGUGGCACAAAGAAAGGCAGGCAGAGCACUCUCCCCUCUGGGAUUAUGGAUAGUGGCUGAUUUUCGGGAUCAGCCUACUCACUGGGUAAAAGCCCUUUAUGCACAGGUGUCCAUCAGCUGAGACAAAAAGUGCAUUGUGGCUGUAGAGGGACUUUUUUACAAAGACAUGGAAGGACAGGACAAGGGGAAUUUGGCUUCAAACUGACAGAGGGCAGAGUUAGGUUAGAUAUUAGAAAGAAAUUCUUCCCUAAAAGGGUGUUGAGGUCCUGGCACUGCUGCCCAAAGGAGCUGUGAGUGCCCCAUCCCAGCCCUUUUCCAGGCCAAGCUGUGUGGACAGGGCAUGGAGCAACCUGGUCUAGUGGGUGUCCCUGGAACAAGAUGGAUCUUUAAGGUCCUUUCCAAUCCAAAUCAUUCAGUGUUUCUAGGAUUCUGUAAAGUCACUGUGCACACACGCGACAGAGCCUCCAGAUGUCACCAUCAACCCAAGCAAGAAAGAGGCACAGCACAAAACAUGCAGAAAAACCCCACUCACAGACUUUGCCUUUAGUCCCUGCUCCCCUGCCUGGCACAGACAGACUCAGCGUUUCCAGUCCACCUGGAAAAAGUGCUUGAAUCAGAGACAAAAUCAACGAAUGUGGUUUAUAGCUGUGCAUGCAAGCAUCUUGUAUGCACAUUAUGCUGAUGUAGACCACAUGGGUGCUUCUCUGUGUGUAGGUGCUCGUUGCUUUUACAUAUAUUAAUAUAGAAAAUCACACAUCUAUGUAUGUAUGUAUGUAUGUAUAUAUGUAUAUUUAUAUAUAGACUUUAUAACUUUUGGUCUCAAGAAUCACAGGUUCUUUGCCAACAACUUCACCUGAAGGUAAAAGCGAGGCUGUUCCCCAGCACCUUUUGUAGCCGUAUACAUAUUCAUCUCUUCAGUACACAUUCCUGUGUCCCACCCAGCUGAUGAGCUGAGAAAGGGAGCGAUCAGCCCUGUGUAAAGGAUCUGAGAGCAUAGGCACAGGUGUUCCCAGGGAAGACAGAAUGCCCUCAAGUCUGUGUAGUAAGGUUAGUGUUGACUUUUCAAGGAAUUGCUUGUCCCCUCUCUUUCCCUUGGCUUGUGAAAUUCAUUUUAUGGCUCUCUUUCAGCAACCUAAAUUUGCCUGUUAAGGGAAAAAAAGCUUAAAAAAUCCCAACUCUGCCUCUUCUUCCCUUGAACUCUGCCCUCUCCUUACUGCCCACAAGCUUAAGUGCAUCAGCAUUUAUGGGGAAGGAAAAGGCCUCAGCUGUGCUCAAAGCUGGCAUUUUCACCAUCCCUGUCACUGCGUGGAGCUGUGAUGCAGAAUAAAGUCACAAACAGAGCCAAGCAUUGAGGCAGCAGAGGUGUGGGACCCAAGGGACACUGCUGCUCACCCUUCCAGGGCUGCAGAGGGAAAAACACCCUCCAACCUAACCUUGUACCUGCAGAUAACUGGGGGGGAUAUUCAGGGACUGUUUAAACACAUCCUCCCCCUCUGAACACCACUUAAAAAACAUGUUACCGAUGGAAAUGCCUGAUUGGGUUGGGGAACGCUUGCAGGGUACAGAGGUGUUGUUUUUACAUGAAAAGAGCCUCAGGGUUCAUCCUCACAGAGUUUGAGCAGGGCCUGGAGGGAUCCUGACACGGAAGAUUAAUGGAUCUCUCCCAGCCAUAGGUUGUGAGUUAAGCCAAGCACUGCUAAUGCAGGAUGCUGUCCCGAGACCUCUGUUAGCACAAUGACGAAGCUUUUUUUAAGUCCUCUAUGUAAAAGGCAUAAUCCUUGUAUGCCAAUGGAUCAUAUCCUCGAGAUCCCUAGGGAGCAAGGCAAAUGUGGAAAGAAAGGGAAAGGAAAUCCCUUAUUUCAUAAUGGUGCAAACAGACAUGUCAGGAGAAUUACAUCAAUAUGCAGCACAUGUGAAAUUUAAUACUCCUCCUAAUGCAUUUAGAUGAGGCAAAAUGUAAAGUCUGUACUGCCUCUGGGAAUAAUUCUGGUAGGAAGCUUUCACCACUAGGAACCAAGGUCUUUCUACUUACUCUGGAAUUUGAGCCUUUGUUUUCAAAGCUUUCCUGAGAGACUUCAAAACCAAGUUUGUUACGUGCACGUUACUCUUUGAAGAUCUGUCUUCCAGAAUGAAACACCGGUGCUCUUCCCAGCCAUGCUGGUGUAAAUGAAGAGCAGCAUGGUUGAAAAAUCAAAUAUUCACAAGGGCCCAUCCAACCUGCAAAACAGGAGAGGCUUUGCACUGCAGAAAACCAAGAUGACCAAACACAACAGAGCCCUUAUCAUUUGCCUGGUAUCAGCUGGCAUUGCUGCAAGAGUGCAUCGGUCUUGCAUGGAUUCCCACCAGCUUUGACUGUGGCCCAUAAAGCUCUCAAAGGCUCAUCAACAAAAUAUUUGAUUUGGAGUCCUUGCAGAGAGGAGGAGCCUGAAGUCUUCUCGCUGGUUUCCCUCCCUUUUAUCAAACCGUGGAUAUGGAAUUCAGUAAAGGAUACAGCUCAGAUGUGGCUUGGAUUCAGACAAGUGACUUGAAGUGAUGAUUUUCCCCCUACCAGGCUGCAGAUGAUCGAUGUAUUAUGCAUGAAAAUAGUGCCAGGCACAGAUGGGGUGGGAGUAGAAGGUGUGAGCUGAUAAUGACAGCAGCCAAGUUCUGCUAGAAAAGACUCUACAACACACUUGCAUGUUGGGCAGAAAAAGGAUGCAACAUGCAUGAGAGGCUAGCCAUGGUUUAAAGGGUCAAACAGAUUAAUUACAGUCAAAACUGAGAUUUAUGGGAAGAUCUGAGUGGCAUGGUUGCCAGAGGGACCAGGGGGUUAGCCUUGAUGAUUCAAGGAAUCGUCUUCCAGUCCUGUGUUCUUGAAUAACCAUUAGGGAGCCGAGUAAAACACGUUUUCUGGGGUUUAAAAGCUGAAGACAGGGAAUCCAAAGGGGUGACAUAGUACUGCAUCAGAUAUUGCCUUCAGCAGGAUCCUGGCUCAUGCUCAGCACGGUGCUGAGAACUUGGCACCAGGUCCAAAGCUGAAACAAACAGGAAUUUCUUCAUGGACAUUUCUAGGGUUUGGAUCCAAGCCACUGAAGACCAGCAUGCAGGGCCUAAUCCCGAAAAAACAGUCAAUGUUUGGAUGGGAAACAUGUCACUGAGUUGGAGCCAGGUGGGUACAGACUUCCGUGGGAGGAUGAGUCAAGAGAGCUCUGGCAUCAUCUGCAAAAGGAGCUGACGCUGUGGGAGAGAGCUUAGCAAGUGUAAAAACCCAUGAGGAAGCAGUGAUGGUCCAGAGAAAAACCAGCAAAACCAAAAAUUUCCCUGGUUGUCCUUGGAGCACUCUGGAGAUCAUUGGAAGAUCAGGCACAUUAAAUAAGCUGCUUCCCUGCUGCCUCUGAACACUGAAAAAGGGAUAGUUGUUCCUCACACAGCUUCUCUGAAGAAACUCCAGCCUUGAGCACAGACCUGACAGCUGGAAAGAUGCCACUGGCUUUUCCAAAUCUGACCACAGCUGGUCCCUGAUGCAAUAAAAUGUUGAAUCA